AUGGUCCACCUCGCUUCUGUCCCGGGCCCCGACACCAGGCAGCUCGCAGAGCGGCCAAAGAAGGUGCAGCUGCAGCUGUCCAAUGACGAAGAUGACUUCACGACAAGCGUGUACGGCUCGCGCUAUGCAGCCCAAGACCUCCCGCGCCACGAGAUGCCGGAGCGAGAGAUGCCCAAGGAAGUAGCCUACCGCAUGAUUAAAGACGAGUUGAGUCUGGACGGGAACCCUAUGCUGAAUCUGGCGUCCUUCGUAACCACCUACAUGGAAGAAGAAGCCGAAAAGCUCAUGACCGAAGCCUUCCCCAAAAACUUCAUCGACUACGAAGAGUACCCGCAAUCUGCCGAGAUUCAAAACCGCUGCGUCUCCAUGAUCGCGCGCCUCUUCCACGCGCCCGAGGGCAACAGCGAGCACGCCGGCGCCAUCGGCACAUCCUGUGUCGGCUCCUCCGAAGCGAUCAUGCUGGCAGUGCUCGCCAUGAAAAAGCGCUGGAAGAACCGGCGCCUGGCGGAGGGCAAGCCGUGUGAUCGGCCGAACUUAGUCAUGUCCUCGGCGGUGCAGGUCUGCUGGGAGAAGGCGUGUCGGUACUUUGAGAUCGAGGAGAAGCUUGUUUAUUGUACGCCCGAGAGAUAUGUGAUUGAUCCCGAGGAGACGGUCAAGUUGGUGGAUGAGAAUACGAUCGGGAUAUGUUGUAUCUUGGGGACUACGUAUACGGGGGAGUAUGAGGAUGUGAAGGGGGUGAAUGAUUUGCUGAUGAAGAAGGGCCUGAAUGUGCCCAUUCAUGUUGAUGCUGCGAGUGGCGGGUUUGUUGCGCCGUUUGUGGUGCCGGAUUUGGAAUGGGACUUCCGGCUGGAGCAUGUUGUGUCGAUCAACGUCUCUGGACACAAGUACGGCUUGGUUUAUCCGGGCAUCGGCUGGGUCGUCUGGCGCAGCGCGGAGUACCUCCCGCAAGAGCUCGUUUUCAACAUCAACUACCUCGGUGCCGACCAAGCCUCGUUCACGCUCAACUUCUCCAAGGGCGCCAGCCAGGUCAUUGGCCAGUACUACCAGUUCAUCCGCCUCGGCAAGCACGGCUACCGCGCCAUCAUGAGCAACCUGACACGCAUCGCCGACUACCUGUCGGAUUCACUUGAAGCUCUCGGCUUCAUCAUCAUGAGCAAGAAGUCCGGCGAGGGUCUACCCCUCGUCGCAUUCCGCUUACCGCCCAAAGAGGACCGGCAUUACGACGAGUUCUCACUCGCCCAUCAGCUGCGCGUGCGGGGAUGGGUUGUGCCAGCAUACACGAUGGCGCCGCACACAGGGAACAUGAAGAUGCUGCGCGUCGUGGUGCGCGAGGAUUUCACCAAGAACCGGUGCGACAAUCUGAUCAAUGAUAUCCGCAGCUCGCAGGCAUUGCUGGAGCAGAUGGAUCGGGAGAGCAUCAAGCGACAGGAAGAGUUUAUCCACAAGCAUCACACGGCGAGCGGCAAGGCAACGCAUAAUCAUCCGAAGUUUCGGGGCUAUAGAGAGAGAAACACUCGCUCCAAGGCAAGACAGGCAAGACUCACGCUGUCUGCUAAGACGGCGGCGCACCACGAGCGAUCGUUUAGUAUCGAGCAGAAGAGGGAUAUCAAAACGGGACAGGUCGUUUCAUCCAAGACGACGGCAGUGCAGACGGCAAAUGUUGGUCAGCAGGCUACGCUGAGCUUGGAGUUGCCUGGGGGUAGACAGCUGAUGACGUUUCGCAUAUCAUGUCCGAUGUAG